AUGCCUACAAAAUGCAAGUGUCCAGCAGACCCGUUGGAGCGUACUCAAGUACACAAGACACGUUGCAUGAACCGUGCAUGGAAGAAAAUGGACAAAAUCAACGAAAAAAUGAAGCCAACCAUCGACAAGGAAAACGAAAACCUGGUGUCACUGGAGGCUGAGUUCAACUUUGAUCUAUUCAACAAGGCUUCCGAUGAGGUGCUCAAUCAAGACCAUCUUGAGUACAACCUCAAGGGAAUAGAGCUCGAUAAGCUGGAUAGGGAGAGGAAGGAUGGGAUCAGAGAUGCUUGGGUGACUUUCCGCGAACAUUAUCCGGACACACACGUCGCAGGCUUGCCCAAAUGGGCUCUCGAGGAUCCACCAGCCGAUGACGAAGCGAACAUUCAUUGA